UUGUUAAACAACUUUCUUUAAAUUUUAUGCUUUAAUAUUUAAAUUUUCAGAUUUAUAAAUGAACUGAAGAAAUAUGGCAGCGUUAAGAUUAAGGUUGCAGAAAGAGUUGUUUGAUCUAACAGAUGAACAUUUGGUUGGAUUAGCACAUGUUGCCAGGCAUGAUAAGGAAAAGGACAAAAAGAAGAAAAAGGAUUGGCUGCUGGCUAUUGCCUCAACAAAGGAUGUCCCAGUGUACGCUAAGCUGUACCUGGUAAAGAUGGGGGAAAGAGAGACCUUCAAGAAGAAACAGGAAUGGCAACUACGGGAUCUUAAGGUUUUAGAUGGUGUAUCGGCUGAUUCCUUGGAUAUAAAAAUGGAUCUAGACGAACGAUAUACCUGGACCUUUAAUAGAGUUGAUGAGAAGGAGGGGUUUAUUAAAACCUUAUCACAGAUCUGUGAUAAAUAUAAUAUAGGUCGGAGAACUAAGUAUAUGAAUAUGAACUGGGUGUCCGGAAAUUCCGAUCAAAGUGCAAGAGGCCAGGGGAUACAGGAUACACAGGUCCAAGAGGUAACUCAUAUACUUAACAUCUGUGUCCUGAUGUUCAGGUUGAGUAGAGAGUUGAGUGUGUUGGACGGUGAUAAUAUCCACAGUAUGAUGGCAAGCGAGGAGGCUGUCGACAACCUCAUGCUCCUCCUCACCUCCAGUAUACAGGAGGUCGAGGUCUUAGAGUCCAGGCUUAACCAGUACGACGAGUUCUUGGAGCAUAUCAGGGACUCUAUGGAGAAGAUGGAAGGUAAAACUGAAUCCUUGGAAACUGUAAACAACAACAACGCACUGUUGUUGGCGCAGUUGAAUAAUGUGAUCAACAAACUGCAGAUACCCUAUAAUUACCAGGCCAUUCUGAGUGAGGCAGAUUUCUCAAACAGAGAUAUGCUUCCUGUCAUCAUAGAAGCAGCUCAGGCGUUAAGUUCCGCUCUGUUGGCUCCUAUACCCUACAGUUUGACGAAGAUGGCAGCAGUCCAGGAACAGCGGAAAAGAUGUGAUAGAUGGAAAGAAAAAUUUUCUAAGAACUUAUGCCGACAUAUGAACAACUCCUUUAUCCAUGUUGGAAACGAUCCUGGAGAAAACCUUGCUCUCAAUACAGCUAAACCUACUCUACCCAUCCGCAGAAAUAUUCAUAAGGAGUUAGCUCCCUAUGGACAGCUGAUGCACUGGUUGAGGCAAGUUGAACCUAAAUCCUUCCAUCAGCUUCAGCAAACUUAUACUAAUAAUCUAUCCAAGUUGUAUGAGCGUGACCUGGCUCGGUUUCUUGAGGAGGCGUAUCUCCGAGUGGGCGGGGCAGGUCCCUCAGCAGCUGCUAGCCAGGAUCUGAGACAAAAAUCUGGAAAGCUAAGUGUGAGUUCAGCAACUCAGCUUCUAGCUUCAGAUAGAGAUACCUGGGGUCCAGGCACGUACAAAUCGGACAGAGAGAGGUUUGAUGUUAGCCUGGAGCAUCUUUUGUCUUGCCUUGAACCUGUUGUACUAGAGGAACAGACUUUCUGUCUUCAGUUCUUCAAGAUGGAUUCCAAGGUGUCUGACAUAUCUGUGAAUAAGUCUGGAGUUAAAACCAAAACACAAAAACAGGUUACUGAGGAGCUGCGGAGUAUGAUGAGCCAGAUCUUCAGUAGUAUGGAGGUAGAGCUCAUCAAGUUUCUCGAACACUUCGAGAGAUCAGAUAAUCUCAACUCGAUGUUCAGCUAUGUACGCCUCUCUGCACAUGUACUUCAGGCCCAGGACACAGGUUCCUUCCUAGCAAUUACCCUCGGGUCUGCUUUGAUCCAUACAAAGCGGAACUUUGAUAAGUUGAUGCAAGCACAGCUCCGUAGUGUAGAGGACGCUAAACCACCGCGUAGAACAAAGUGUGGUAUUCUCAAUAUGGUUUCAAACCUGGGAGAAUUUCUUAGCUCUACAGAGAUUAUAUUUAGAAGGUCUGAUAGAAGAACAGAUAUAGAGAAAUGGUAUCUCACAAUACUAACCUCAAUCAUGGACAACAUUCCUAGGAUUGCUAAGGAGCAUGGUAGGACCCCCCAGGAGGUUGUAAAGAUGGAAAACUUCCAUCAUCUCCACGCUGAACUAUCAUCUCUCAAGAUCCCAGUUCUUGACAAUAUACGCAGAGAUGCUAAGCAAAGGUAUGCAGAUGCACUACAGAACUAUGUCACUCAGUAUUUUGGAAGACCACUGGAAAAAGUAAACCAAUUCUUUGACGGGGUCUCAGCUAAACUUUCUUCAGGAGUUAAAGAAGCUGAGAUAAGUUACCAACUCUCUUUCAGUAAACAGGAACUUAGAAAGGUAUUAUCUGCGUACCCUGGCAAGGAGGUGAAGAAGGGUUUAGCUGAUCUCUACAGGAAAGUAGAGAAACAUCUCUCCGAGGAGGAAAACCUUCUCCAGGUUGUGUGGCAUGCUAUGCAGGAUGAAUUUAUCCGACAAUAUAAAUAUAUUGAAGAGCUAUUACAGAGAUGCUAUCCUGGAGCACAGAUAUCUUUAGAUUUUACCAUAGCUAACAUACUAGAAUACUUCUCAGAUAUAGCUAUUCUACACUAGUAUACUACAUAGCUAACAUACUAGAAUACUUCUCAGAUAUAGCUAUACUACACUAGUAUACUUCAUAGCUAACAUACUAGAAUACUUCUCAGAUAUAACUAUACUACACUAGUAUACUACAUAGCUAACAUACUUGAAUACUUCUCAGAUAUAGCUAUUCUACACUAGUAAACUACAUAGCUAACAUACUAGUAUACUUCUAAGACAUAGCCAUUCUACACAAGUAUAAUACAUAGCUAACAUACUAGAAUACUUCUGUGGUAAUUCUCAGCAGUCCCAGUGGGACCAUUACGAGACUAUCAGCCAGGCAAUGAACUCUUGAACUUCUUUAAGGCUGGAUUUGGAUAGCAUCAACAGUUCUUGUGCAUAAGUAAUCUUCAUAUCGUGAUUCAUAUUGAUAGAGGUUGAACUUUUAACAUGAGAUGGUAGUUUGUUCCAUAGAUCUAGUACUCAAAUACUAAAGAAACUCCUUCUGAUGUCAGUCCUUGAAAUUGUUGGUACAAGGUUUGCGGGAUUAGCAUUCAGCCUUGUUCUUCUGUUGUUCUUGUUAUUGUAGAAUAUAAUUGUGAUAAUAUGUACGUCGCAAGGAUUUAUCAAAUUGUUUAUAUAUUUAUAACCUGUUAAUUAUUAUUAGAUCGUAUAUUUAAGUCUGCUCCAGGAAGAUCUUAUUCAUAAAUAUUCUCGUAUGUAAUUACAGA